GUGGGAAUGCGAAACUGCGUUACCAGAUCACAUCGGGAAACAUGGGAGGGGUGUUUGAUGUGGAACCAGAGGUGGGAACUAUCUUUAUCUCCCAGCCUCUGGACUAUGAAAAGAACAAAAGGUACAAGCUUCAUGUCCUGGCUUCAGAUGGAAAGUGGGAAGAUUACACAACAGUGACAGUGAAUGUGGUUAACAAGAACGACGAGGCUCCUGUGUUUACUGUCAAUGAGUACUACGGCAGCGUAACAGAGGAGCUGGAUGGUUCACCAGUGUUUGUGUUACAGGUAACAGCAUCUGACCCAGAUAAGGAUGCUGACCAGGAGGCCCUACGCUACUCUCUCCAUGGUCAGGGUGCUGAGAGUGAAUUCAUAAUUGAUGAGGUCACAGGCAAGAUCUAUGCCCAACGGACCCUGGACCGUGAGGAGCGUGCCGUUUGGCGUUUUGUUGUCCUGGCUACAGAUGAGGGUGGUGAAGGUCUGACAGGCUUCACAGACGUCAUUAUCAACGUGUGGGACAUCAAUGACAAUGCGCCUAUCUUCACCUGCGCUCCCAGCUGCCACGGCGAGGUAGCAGAAAACUCUGUAAUAGGGACAUCUGUAAUGGAGAUGACAGCGACUGACCUGGAUGACUCAGCUGUGGGGCAGAACGCUGUGCUCUCUUACAGGAUUGUGGGCAGUUUAGAUGCCACUAACAUUGAGAUAGGAGGAGUGCCCAUCUUCUCAGAAAUGUUCACUAUCAACCCCACCACAGGAACCAUCACUGUCGGGAUGGGUGGUCUGGACAGAGAACAGGUUGAGUCCUACCUCUUGGUGGUUGAGGCUAGGGAUGGGGUAGGAAUGACAGGAACUGGAACUGCUACCAUUCAGAUCAAGGAUGUGAAUGACCAUGCUCCCAGAUUUACUGAUCACUCCUGCACGGCAAGGAUCUCUGAGAACGCAGAGACCAAUGCAGAGGUCCUGGAGCUCGCUGCAGAGGACAAAGACACUGGAGAAAAUGCCCAGCUGACCUUUAGUGUUGUGGCUGGAGACCAAGAGCAGAAAUUCUACAUGGUCAGUCACAAGCAGGAGCAGAGAGGCACCUUGAGGCUCAAGAAACGUCUGGACUAUGAACGACACAACGAGCAGAGGUUCAACCUCACAUUGAAGGUUGAAGACCUAGACUUCUCCAGUCUUCUACACUGUGUGGUGGAGGUGGAGGAUUACAACGACCAUGCUCCUGUCUUCAUUCCACACUUCUUGUCGCUGGCCCCGCUACCUGAGGACAUCACUGUGGGAACUAGUGUGGCCCGUUUGGUAGCCAGCGACUCUGAUUCAGGCCAGAACCGAGAAAUCACCUAUAGCUUAUCAGAGGAGUCAGACCCUGAGGGUCUGUUUACUAUCAACCAGUCCGGUGUACUCUCAGUGGCCCGGCCUCUGGAUCGGGAGAGGAUACCCCAGCAUCACUUGGUUGUCAUAGCAACUGAUCAUGGGGUUCCACCUCUAAUAGGCAGUGCGACGGUUCAGCUGCCUUUGUUGGAUGUAAAUGAUAACGGACCAGAGUUUGAGGCGGCAUACUCCCCAGUAGUCUUUGAGAAUGUGGCUGGACCACAGGUCGUACGGUUGAACCAAACAUCAUCCCUCCUCCGGGCUGUGGACCAGGACUCUCCUGAGAAUGGUCCACCAUUUCACUUCACCGUCCCCGCCGAGUAUCGUCACAGCAAUGAUUUCUACCUUCAGGAUAAUCUAAAUGGCACAGCGACGCUGACGGCUCUGAGGACAUUUGAUCGUGAGCGACAGAAAGAGUUUCUCAUUCCUAUUAUAAUGAGUGACAGCGGCCGUCCAGCCAAAACAGUGACCAGCACCCUGACUGUGACCAUCGGUGACCAAAAUGAUCAUGCACAUGUGGCAGGGGAGAAGAAAAUUUUCAUUAAUAGUCACAGAGGUCGUAUGCCUACUACUGUGCUUGGGAAGGUCUACUCUCCUGACCCUGAUGAUUGGGACAACAAGACAUAUGUCUUUGAAGGACAUGUACCAAGUUACUUCAUUCUGAACAAGCGAACAGGUUUCCUGAUCAUCAAGGAGAAUGCCCCACCUGGGACCUACCAGUUCCAGGUGCGUGUGUCAGAUGGAAUUUGGCCAGAUGCUGUCUCUACCGUUACUGUGCAUGUGAGGGAGCUGCGAGAUGAUGCCAUCUACAACUCGGGAUCCCUUCGUCUGGCAGACAUCACAGCGAAGGAGUUCAUUGAACUGAGGGGGAAGCAGCGAAGCCGCUACGAGCUGCUGGUGGACUUUCUAUCUGAGAUGCUCUCCAUUCCACCUGAUGACGUCAACAUCUUUAGCCUGAUGGACGUGAAGGAACGAAUGCUGGAUGUACGCUUUGCUGUGCACGGUGGCCCCACCUUCCUCCAACCUGAGAAAAUGCAUGGUUAUCUGGCUGCCCACAAGCAAAAGCUCCAGUCGUUCCUGCAGGUCAGCGUGUCCCAAGUCCGGGUAGAUGAGUGUCCCAGUUCAGAGUGUGCCGGGGCAGGUGGCUGCUCCAACAUUCUGAAUGUGCGGGACACACCCACAGUGGUGGAUUGUGGGACUAUGAGUCUUGUAUCCGUGACAGUGGAAUCCACAGCUGUGUGCUCCUGUCCAGGUAGAGAGCAGUCCCAUCAGCCCUGUGCCGCAUAUCCCCGAAACCCCUGCUUCAAUGGUGGAGUGUGCGUGGACACUCAGCAUGGCUACAGGUGCCAAUGCCCAGCUCAGUUCGAGGGGCCUGAAUGCCAGCAGAACAAGCACAGUUUCCAUGGCAACGGCUAUGCCUGGUUUCCACCCAUGAUGCCUUGUUUCGAAAGCCAUGUGUCUCUGGAGUUCAUCACGGAUGUGGCUGAUGGACUGCUGAUGUACAGUGGCCCCUUGGCCCAGCUGCAGGCCUGGGACCACGAAGACUUCAUGGCCAUAGAACUAAUAGAUGGGACCCCCACCUUGAAAAUCAACCACGGCUCGGGCACAGUGGUGUUACAGUUGCCAGGCAACGUGAACGUGGCAGACAGGCGGUGGCAUCGGCUGGAUGUCCGCAGCAACAGCAAGGAAGUACGCUUCACCCUGGAUCGAUGCUCAGGUGCAGCAGUGAUGGAAAUGGAGGGUCUGGGGAGCUGGCUGACCACAGAAGACCACUCAUCCUGUGAGGUGAUGGGUGUUACACCCAAUACAGACAGACAUCUGAACAUGAGUCAGGUGCUCCAGCUCGGUGGUGUGAACGAGGACAUCCCUUACAUCUACCCUCAGCUUCAGCACAAACACUUCACCGGCUGCAUCCGCAACCUCAUCGUGGACAGCAAGCUGUAUGAUUUGGGCUCCCCGGCCGACUCGCAGUCCAGCUCUCCAGGCUGCUUGACCACCGAUAGCAGCUGUGUCAACAUGGGCUAUCCGUCCUGUGGCCACCGGGGUCGCUGUCACGGUGAGUGGGGCUCCUUCAGCUGCCAGUGUGUGCCGGGAUACACAGGACACCAGUGUGAAGAAGCAGUGGUCUUUCAGGGCCUACUCUGUGUUUUCUACAACCUUGGUGACGGGGACUACAACCUGACCCUGCCAACCUAUCGCCUUGACAACGGUGAAUGGCAUGAGGUCUUCCUAGAUCGGCAUGACAAUGAGAUGAUGCUCCGUCUGGAUGGGGGCGGAGGGCAGCGGGAGGUGACAGGAUUACGGGGUCGAAGUCGAGAAAUCGUCAUUGACCCCACUGUGGUGAUGCUGGGAAACACCUUCCCGUCUGCAGUCAACAAGAGCUUCCAGGGCUGUAUGAGAGAUCUACGCCUCAAUGGUCGCUACAUGCCACUGGACGGCCAGCCACGAGAUGGGGUUUCCCAGGUCAGCAUACAAGGCCUUUCCGUUGGGUGCUCCUCGGACUCCUGCAAAAGGAACCAGUGUAGCCCUCCCUUUACCUGUGUUGACUUGUGGAGAGUGCACGAAUGCAGAUGUCCUCCUGGUCACAUGAUCCGUGUCAACGGGACCAGAAAGUCCUGUGUCUACACUCUGUGUGCUACCAGGCCUUGUCACCGCGGCACUUGUGUGGCCCAGUCACCCUCUAAAUUCACCUGCCACUGCCCAGAGGGCUACAGAGGACGCCACUGCGAGACAACACUGGCAAUUUACAGGGAGGACGUGGGCCUGAGCUUCAGCUCCCUCUUCGCCAUCUGUAUCUGCUUCAUGGCUUUAUUGGUGCUGCUGCUGGGCAUUUUCCUCUACACUCGCUGGAGAUCAUACAAAGGGCUGAAGGAGGGCGUUUACCACGUCUCUGCACAUCACGACGGCUGGGAGGACAUCCGAGAGAACGUCCUCAACUACGACGAGGAGGGAGGUGGAGAGGAGGACCAGAAUGCCUACGACAUGGCAGAGCUGCAGAAGUCCCUCCAGCCGAGCCCGGCCCAGUCAGUCCAGUACUGUCGCUCCAGAGCCCUGCACCAUCCUCCUCCUCCCCACCAUCACCUCCUCCACCAGGCGCCCCCAAUCCCACCCUCUGCCCAGCCCCUGGAUCCCCUCAGCCGGACAGCCAGCUCCACAACCCUGCCCCCCUCAGCGGCAUCCACUUCCUCCACCGCAACCACCACCACCAGUCUCCGCAGAGAUGUCCCCCCCACCAGGCUUCCAGCCCAGGGCCAGGCGCGCCCCUCCCAACUGGCACGUCGCUCCCUUUCCUUCUCCAGCCAGGAUCUGGCCCGCUACCUGUGUGAGAUCAUCCGUGACGCUGACCAGCAUCCGGACACGGGACCUUUUGACUCUCUGCAGGUGUUCUCCACCGAGGGAGGGGGCUCGCCCGCCGGCUCCCUCAGCUCCUUCAGUUCGGCAGGACUGGAUGGAGGGAGUGGUGGAGAUGGGGGAGGGGAACCGAGGAGAGAGGAGACGCUUGGGGAGUGGGGGCCUCGCUUUGAGAAGCUGCGGGCGCUGUAUGAGCGAGCUGAGGCCAGCGACCUCUGA